AUGUCUCAGGACAAGCUCCUGCUGCUCCUCCUGAUCCUCUGCGCGGCCAGGACAGGCCUGUCCCUCAAGCUGUACAAAGCCGAGUCCAUCUUCAGCUGCAUCAACGCCGCCCUCUCGGAGGCCAAGAAGAGCCCCGCGGAUGAGAACUCGCUGCUGGACAAGAGGAGCUUCGACUACCUGCCGGGAGAGGUGCCAUCCUCCGAGGAGGAAGAGGAGGAGGAGGAGGUGGACAAGGAGAAAAGGACUUUCCCAGAGGAUGCCCGGUAUAAAUACCUCUCCCAGGCACAGGUCAAAGGCAAGAUGUACCAGAACCAGGCCCGGAGCGACCGGCGCACCAAGUUCACCCUCUCCCUCGACGUCCCCACCAACAUCAUGAACAUCCUCUUCAACAUUGCCAAGGCCAAGAACUUGAGGGCGAAGGCCGCUGCCAAUGCUCACCUGAUGGCUCAGAUCGGGCGGAGGAAGUGAGCGAGGGGCAGGACGGGAGUGAACUCGGGGGUGAGGGGCUGGCUGGGCUGGGGAGAGCGGUUGCAAGCCCCCGGCCUCAGCCCGCUCCAAGCCGCCCACAUGGGACUGCCCACUGGGUACUACAUGAGCGCUGUAUAUUUUUGACCCGUAAAGCUACACGACAUCCAUCUCUCUCUCUCUCUCUCUUUCUCUCUCUCUCUCUUUUCCCUCUCACUUCUCCUGUCCUCCAAGCCCCCCGUGCUCCCUGCUGAAGCCCAUGCCCGGAGGAGGCAAGACGGAGGUUUCCCCGCAGGGGAGCAGGAUGUUUGCUUCACAUCACGCAGGCCCCAAUUAAAGUUGCC